UUUGGUGGUUUUCCAAAAUGGCAGACAGUCUUCCAGCACAGAACGCACAGCUACAAACCCAACAUGUAGAGCUGGAAGUUGAUAGAGACAGCUGGUUGAGAAGUUGGAUCCGAUGGAAACCUACCUCCAGAGUGAUGUUAGCAGAGGCAGAACACAAACUUUUACACAUAUUAAGUGGUCGGUACCAGGGCAGAUAUAUUCCUGUGACUGGUGGCAGAAAUCGCCUGUGGACAAUAUGUAUCAAUGGAAGUUUUCACACAAUAAAAACAGGAUAUGCAGAAAAUAGUCCAUCUCUUGGAAUAUUACACCAUCAAACUGAGGACAAAUCUGAACUGGAAACAGCAAGUGGAGAUACAUCUCCCCUGGCGAGCAAUACUCCUUUAGUUUUAAUACAUGGCAUGGGGGGAGGCGUGGGUUUAUGGUCUCGGAACUUAGCGACCAUUUCUCAGGACAGAGCAUUGUACGCCUUUGACUUGCUCGGCUUUGGGCGCAGCUCGAGGCCCAAUUUCAGCUACGAGGCAGAUAUCGUGGAGGAGCAGUUUGUGCAGUCUGUGGAAGACUGGCGGGAAGCGGUGGGACUGGAGAAUUUUGUACUGCUAGGACACAGCCUGGGUGGGUUUGUGGCAGCUGGUUAUGCCAUGAAGUACCCAGACAGAGUGAAGCACCUUGUUCUGGUGGAUCCAUGGGGGUUCCCAGAGAGACCUGCUGUGCCCCAGCAGAGACCCUUCCCGCUGUGGGUUAGGGCACUGGCCACGCUGCUGAAACCUUUUAACCCACUGGCAGUGGUGAGAGCUGCAGGGCCUUGGGGUAUCGACUUUCCAUAG